CUCGACCUCGUGGCUGGCUGGGGACGAGAUCGGGCUCUGGCUUAUGACCAGAUGCCUGCCGCUCACCUUCGCGCUUUGCUCUGACUUCAACCUCACUCUGUCGCGUUUCUUUUGUAGAGCACAUCCACUCGUUAUUUUGAUCUUGUUAGCCGCCACUCCUCGUUUAGACGAAGCAACUGCUAUAUUUUAUUGCUUUGGUCGCAAUCAUGCUGCUCUUGUUUUGGGUCUCAGCUCUCACGGGCCUUGCGUCUGCGGUUCCUACGUCUUAUGAUACAUGUAAACCUCUCCCCACUGGUCAUGGACCAAAAGCGAAACCUGAUACUGUGGAGGAAUUUUAUGCUCUUUCAGCGCUCAAGACUCUAUCAUCUUCGACGCAUACUCCAGAGGGGUAUUCUCGAGUGUUUCAGGGAGAAAAGGGCUCCGUGUCGGCUUCUAAUUACCUUGGCUCCUACAUCUUGACCAGUUAUAGCGCCGAAACCUGUGCUCCGCUGUGUAAUACUAAGAAAGGCUGCGAAGGUUUCAAUAUGUCCGUGUCCGCCAGUUUUAUAAAUUUACCUACUUGACACUCUCCUAGUUUUAUCGAGAGGGAUCCUUCCCUUGAGCCAAAGCCUUCUAAAUGUCCUAACCCACCUUCAACCACAAACUACAAGUG